AUGAGGGCGGUGGGGCGGGGUCCAUUGCCGCGGCGGUGUCCAAGAUGGCGGCGUGGGAUUCCGCUGUGUGAAACCAGCGCGGGCAGGCGAGUUACCCAGUUCCGAGGCGGCCCCGGACAGUCCUCAGCAAUGAAGGGGAAAGAGCGCUCUCCCGCGAAGGCCAAGCGCUCCCGUGGCGGCGGAGAGGAGUCGAGCACCCGCGGGGAGCGGAGCAAGAAGCUUGGGGGCUCCGGCGGCGGCAGCAACGGCAGUAGUAGCGGUAAGGCGGACAGCGGCGGCACCCGCCGGAGCCUGCAUCUGGACAAGGGUAGCAGCCGGGGUGGCAGCCGCGAGUACGACACGCCGGGCGGCAGCUCCAGUAGUCGGCUGCAUAGCUACAGUUCCCCGAGCACCAAGAAUUCGUCGGGCGGGGGCGAGUCGCGCAGCAGCUCCCGCGGGGGCGGGGAGGCCCGCUCGGCCGCGGCCGCCCCCAGCUCCACAGGCGGCGACGGCGGCGGGGGUGGCGAGUACAAGACGCUCAAGAUCAGCGAGCUGGGCUCCCAGCUGAGUGACGAGGCAGUAGAGGACGGGCUGUUCCAUGAGUUCAAGCGUUUUGGGGACGUGAGUGUUAAGAUCAGCCGCCUUCCCGGGGGCUCGGGCGAUGAGCGCGUGGCUUUUGUGAACUUCCGUCGGCCCGAGGACGCCCGGGCCGCAAAGCAUGCCCGGGGCCGCCUGGUGCUCUAUGACCGGCCACUCAAAAUUGAGGCUGUGUACGUGAACCGGCGCCGCAGCCGCUCCCCACUGGACAAAGAUGCCUAUGUCCCCGCUGCUGGAGUGGUGGGUGCCACUGUGGGCGGCCACCGGCACCCGCCUGGGGGUGGUGGGCAGCGAGCGCUGUCCCCUGGGGGGGCGGCCCUGGGCUACCGAGACUACCGCUUGCAGCAGCUCGCCCUGGGCCGCCUGCCGCCUCCACCCCCACCGCCUCUGCCCAGGGAGCUGGAGCGUGAGAGAGACUAUCCUUUUUAUGAGCGGGUGCGUCCAGCCUACAGUCUGGAGCCCCGAGUGGGCGCAGGUGCCGGGGCAGCCCCUUUCCGAGAAGUGGAUGAGCUUUCCCCUGAGGACGGGCAGCGGGCCAACCGGACGCUUUUCCUGGGCAACUUGGACAUCACGGUAACAGAGAGUGACCUGCGCAGGGCCUUUGAUCGUUUUGGGGUCAUCACUGAGGUAGAUAUCAAGCGGCCUACUCGGGGCCAAACGAGCACCUAUGGCUUCCUCAAGUUUGAGAACCUAGACAUGUCCCACCGUGCCAAGCUGGCCAUGUCUGGCAAGGUGAUAAUCCGCAACCCAAUCAAGAUUGGUUAUGGCAAGGCCACACCCACCACUCGUCUCUGGGUAGGUGGCCUGGGCCCCUGGGUGCCCCUGGCAGCCCUGGCCCGCGAGUUUGACCGCUUUGGCACCAUCCGCACCAUUGACUACCGCAAAGGCGAUAGCUGGGCCUACAUCCAGUAUGAGAGCCUGGAUGCAGCCCACGCAGCCUGGACCCAUAUGCGGGGCUUCCCCCUGGGAGGGCCGGACCGCAGGUUGCGGGUGGACUUUGCGGACACUGAGCACCGCUACCAGCAGCAGUACCUGCAGCCGUUGCCGCUGACCCACUAUGAGUUGGUGGCGGACGCCUUUGGCCACAGAGCCCCGGACCCCCUGCGGGGGGCCCGAGACCGCACCCCACCCCUGCUGUACCGGGACAGGGACAGGGACCUUUACCCGGACACAGACUGGGUGCCCCCUCCCCCACCAGUCCGAGAGCGCAGCACCCGUGCUGCUGCAGCCGCUGUGCCAGCCUAUGAGCCCCUGGACAGCCUGGAGCGCCGGCGGGAUGGCUGGUCCUUGGAGAGGGACCGCGGGGAGAGAGACCUGCCCAGUAGCCGCGACCCACCUCGCAAGAGGAGGCUGCCUGAGGACAGCGGGGGCCGGCAUGUGGAUAGAUCUCCAGAGAGUGAGCGCUCCCGGAAAAGACACUGCCCCCCCACGCCGGACCGCAGCCCCGAGCUGCCCAGCAGCCGCGACCGCUACAACAGCGACCCAGACCGCUCCUCGCGCCUCCUCCUGCUGGAACGGCCCUCCCCUGUGCGUGCAGACCGGAGGGGCAGCCUGGAGAGGGGCCAGGGGGACAAACGUGACCGCAAAAACUCAGCUUCUGUGGAGCGUGAAAGGAAGCACCGAGCCCCCGCGCCUUCGGAGGGCAAGAGCCCCCUGAAGAAAGAGGAGCGGGCGGACUCCUCCUCCGCACCCAGCACCAGCAGCGCCAGCUCCAGGCUGAAAUCACCACCGCAGAAGCCUGAGGCAGCUGCGGCCUCCACCCCUGCUGCUGCCCCCAAGCUGUGCCUGGCCUGGCAGGGCAUGCUUCUGCUGAAAAACAGCAACUUCCCCUCCAACAUGCAUCUGCUGCAGGGCGACCUCCACGUGGCCAGCAGCCUUCUGGUGGAGGGCUCCACGGGGGGCAAAGUGGCCCAGCUCAAGAUCACCCAGCGCCUGCGACUGGACCAGCCCAAGUUGGACGAAGUGACCCGGCGCAUCAAGGUGGCCGGGCCCAAUGGCUAUGCCAUUCUGCUUGCUGUGCCUGGCAACUCGGACAGCCGCUCCUCAGCCGUGUCCGAGGCAACCACUUCGACUCAGAGGCCACUUAGGAACCUGGUGUCCUACCUAAAGCAAAAGCAGGCCGCUGGAGUCAUCAGCCUCCCUGUGGGGGGCAACAAAGACAAGGAGAACACCGGGGUCCUCCACGCCUUUCCACCCUGUGAGUUCUCCCAGCAGUUUCUGGAUUCUCCUGCCAAGGCACUGGCCAAAUCUGAAGAAGAUUACCUGGUCAUGGUCAUUGUCCGUGGUGCCAAAGCUGGUGGACAGCGGAUGAAGAUUUGGAAUUCUAAGCUCUAAUGGACCUUUUUGAAGAGAAGUUGUGGCUUAUGUGGAAUUUACAUGGGCCUCUUGAUUGGAAGAAAGCUUAUCUGUUUAGUAUUUGUGCAUUUUACUAAAAUGGCAGCUUAAAAAAGUUGUGUUAUCUGCUAUUGUGAUGCCAAUGCCCGUGUUUUAAGUGGAAAAAAAAAUGACCUCUUUGCUUUGUGCUGUGUACACAAGAUUUCUGGAAAAGUAAAAGAAAACCCUUUUUAUGGCUCACACAGCUUAAAAGUAGCUGUCACUCAAACGUGCGCUCACAGUUGAGCUGAUUUUGUUUCAUUCUAAAUAAAUUGUUUCU